AUGGAGGUGUUCUCACCAUUCCGGAUUGCUGCUGCCAUUUGUCGUCUAGGCAUGACCACGGCUGGUUCCUUUGAUUUGUUGAGCGAUUGCGACCUUUUGUCCACUGCUGGCAGGCAGGAGGUCUUGAAAACUUUGAUGUCCAAACGCCCGCUGAUGCUAAUGUGCUCACCGCCGUGCACGAUGUACAGCGAGUUGAUGCGUUUGUGGAACGCAAAGAAGAUGAACCCUCAAGUUAAGGCUCUUCGGGAAAAAGAUGCCUAUCUGAUGGUUUGCUUUUCCAUGGAGCUUUGCCGGCUUCAAGAUGAUGCUGGACGUUUCUAUUGCUACGAGCACCCGUACAAAGCAGCUUCGUGGAAACUCGACAUUGCUCAGCAAAUGGCGAUGCGUUCUUCAACUCAAUUCCUGGACUGGGACCAAUGUAGAGUUGGCCUUUGUGCACCGGGGUCGACACCGGAUGAGCAUCCCAUUCGGAAAAGAACCAAGUUCAUGACCAACAGCCACCAUAUUCAGUCAAUCUUUCAAGGGCUGCAAUGCGAAUGCCAAGUGGAGCAUUUUCAUGUGCAGGGAAGCUACAAUGGCGUAUCUGUCUCCAAGCAUUGCCAGAUCUACCCCCCGGACUUCUGCAUGAAAGUUGCAGAGGCUACCAAGCUCCAUGUUGAAGAACUGUAG